CGCUCUCUUUCCCUCUCUCUGUCUCUCUUACUCUGGAUGACGAGUCAAGGACGAACCGAGACCUCUCUUUCUUCCUUCGUUGUCGUGAUCUGAAAAUGGUUGGAAGAAUGAACCUGUUUGCUAGUGUUGUGGUAGUUGAGUGUGAAUCAAAAGGGUGUUUUGGCGGAGUAGCCGUUUGAGGGGCUCUGAUUUCACACGUAAGUGUAAUCACAUUGGUAGUGACAUUCGCCCUGAUGAUCUUGGCCUGAUGGAAACUCCAGAACCUCAAAAUUCUCACAUAGUUGAAAUUGCCAGAGAGAUCCUUGCAGAAAAGUCAAGUCCAAGGGGUAAUAAGUUCUGUGGAGGUCCCACUUGCGGCCUUUCUGAUGGUGCCAAAGGCACUGAUGCUGCAAAUGAGCGAUCUGCCUCCAUGAAGAAACUCUGGAUGGCCGUGAUUCUCUGUCUCCUAUUCAUGACUGCCGAAGUGGUUGGUGGAAUUCAGGCCAACAGUCUUGCCAUAUUGACUGACGCAGCACACCUACUUUCAGAUGUUGCAGCGUUUGGUAUUUCAUUAUUUUCCAUGUGGAUUUCAGGUUGGGAAGCUACGCCUCGCCAGAGUUAUGGUUUUUUCCGAGUUGAAAUUCUGGGAACACUUGUUUCUAUACAGAUGAUUUGGCUUCUUGUUGGCAUACUCGUUUAUGAAGCCAUAGAUAGAAUCAUACAUGAUCAUGGUGAGGUUAAAGGUUUCUGGAUGUUUGUGGUUGCUGCCUUUGGAUUUCUAGUGAACGUUAUCAUGGCAUUUUUGUUGGGUCAUGACCAUGGUCAUGGACUUGGGGCUCAUGAUCACGGUGGUGACCAUGACAAUGAACAUAGCCAUGGACCCACCAUAAGUAUGCACCAUCAUUUGAGUCACACCAAACAUGUGAAGCAACACAAUCACUCGGAGCAUGUUGAAGUCCACGCUGCGUAUGGAGAAAACAUGAAUGAAGGGGAGCAUUGCCACUCUGAAGAGAGAGAGCAUUUUGCUUCAGAGCAUAAGGUUUUCAGCUCUGAGCCUCAGUCGGACAUGCCUGAAGGAGAACUUUGGGAUAGACAUAAAGCAACAAAAAGUUUUGUCUUUUAUGAUAAUGAACUGGAAAAGCCUUUGCUUAGUCAGGCAGAAGAUAGUUGUUGCCGGGAUCAGCCCGGGGAAGCUGCUUGUAGGGGUAAACAGAGGACACAGAAGAGGUGGAAUAUUAAUGUGCACGCUGCAUUUCUACAUGUAUUAGGCGACUGUAUCCAAAGUGUCGGAGUAAUGAUUGGUGGAGCUGUCAUCUGGUGGAAACCACAGUGGCGGAUCAUUGAUUUGAUCUGCACUCUUUUCUUCUCUGUGAUUGUGUUAGGAACGACUAUUAGGUUGCUGAGGAACAUUUUAGAGGUGUUAAUGGAGAGCACACCUAGGGAGAUUGACGCAAGGAGGCUGGAGCAGGGGCUUUGCGAAAUGGAGGAGGUAGAGGCUGUCCAUGAGUUGCACAUAUGGGCCAUCACUGUGGGAAAAAUUUUGUUGGCAUGCCAUGUGAAGAUAAAACCAGAGGCUGAUGCCGAUAUGGUUCUAGAUAACGUUAUUGGAUACAUUAAAAAAGAACACAAUAUCAGCCAUGUGACCAUUCAGAUUGAGCGAUGAGUAGCAUAGUUGGUCGUGAUAUAAUUGGCCAUGGUAGGUCUGCAAUGCUUGUUUCCGAAGAUGACGCUAAGUUCAAAUGUUUUUUUCCUUCAA